CGCCCGCCUCCCCGCGCGCCACGGCACCACACAGCUCGAGCGAGCAAAGCCAGCCUCGCGACAGAUCCGGGGUCGAGACCAGUCAGCUUCGCGACGGAUCCGGGGUUCGAGACCAGCCUAUCGACAGAUCCGGGGUCGAGACCAGCUUCGCGAGAUCUGGGGUUGAGACCAGCUUCGCGACAGAUUCGGGGUCGAGCCACCGCCAACCGCGUGCACCCGAUUGAACCCCCGAUAGGAGCUCUUAUUUUGCCUGAUCCCGGGGUGGAUUUGAAUAGAGCAGGUCCUGGACCUGGCGUAGUGGUGCUAAACCCAGGGCUUCUGAGAGGAGGGCAGACACGACCACUGCCCGGACCGUAGACACGCAGACCAUUGCCCGGACCCUAGACACGCAGACCAACGCCCGGACCCUAGACACGCAGACCACCGCUCGGACCCUAGACACGCAGACCACCGGGGGACCACGACCAUGUUCGAAACGGAAGGAAGAAGCAUGUCGCGCCUGUCUCUGACGCGGUCCCCGGUAUCUCCCCUGGCCACGCAAGGGAUCCCUCUCCCGGCGCAGCUCACCAAGUCCAACGCCCCGGUGCACAUCGACGUGGGCGGACACAUGUACACCAGCAGCCUGGCCACGCUCACCAAGUACCCGGACUCCAGAAUAAGCCGUCUGUUCAACGGGACGGAGCCCAUCGUGUUGGACAGCUUGAAGCAGCACUACUUCAUCGACCGCGACGGCGAGAUUUUCCGCUACAUCCUCAGCUUCCUGCGGACCAGCAAACUGCUGCUGCCCGACGACUUCAAGGACUUCCACCUGCUCUACGAAGAGGCCCGCUACUACCAGCUGUCCCCCAUGAUCAAGGCGCUGGAGGGCUGGAAGCAGGAGCGCGAGCAGCGCCGCAUGGCCCAGCCCUGCGACUGCCUGGUGGUCCGCGUGACCCCCGACCUGGGCGAGCGCAUCGCCCUCAGCGGCGAGAAGGUGCUCAUCGAGGAGAUCUUCCCCGAGACCGGCGACGUCAUGUGCAACUCGGUGAACGCCGGCUGGAACCAGGACCCCACGCACGUCAUCCGCUUCCCCCUCAACGGCUACUGCCGGCUCAACUCUGUGCAGGUGUUGGAGCGCCUCUUCCUGAAGGGCUUCAGCGUGACGGCGUCCUGCGGCGGCGGGGUGGACUCCUCCCAGUUCAGCGAGUACGUGUUGUGUCGGGAGGACCGCCGCGGCCACUGCAUGACCACGCCCAUCAGGAUAAAGCAGGAGCCGCUGGACUAGAGGGGGCCUGCUGGGAGAGGGACUGACCACGUGAGCCCCUCCCUUAACACUCCCUCCCUCCCUCCCUCCCACCCACCCUCCCUCCCUCACCCACCGAGUCCGCCGCUCCGUCACCUCCACCUGAACUCCGACCGAACCGAGCGGCGAGCACUGCGGGGGGUCAGAAGGAACCGUUUGUUUCCACUUGUGCACCCCCCACCCCCGUCCCCCGUCCCGUCCCGUCCCGUCUUCAAACCCCUUCAGACCACGCCCCCCCAUCGCCCCCCCUCCCCCCAUCCAGCACCCGAAGGAUCACAAAGCAAUUUCAAUACAAAGCAAAAACAAACUUUACCGAAUUAUUAGCAGAAGGCGGCUGCCGGGCUGGCAGCACUGCAGAACUCUUCAGGGGAAUGUAGAGACUCAGCAGAGAGGAGACGGGAGAGACAGCCGGGGCGAGGGAACACAUCAACCCUUUGGAGUUUGGGAAAGAGCACCCAAAGAAAUCUGCAGGACACGAUCAGCGGCGAGGUCCGAAAAGCAGACGACAAAGAAGAAGGAGGAGGAGGAGGAGGAAGAGGAGGAGACGACGACUGGGAGAGUGGCGUCCUUGAACCGUUUUAGCGGCGUGACCAAUCGACCAAUCCGUUCCCCCCUCCCCCCCCCCCCCCCCCCGCCCCCCCCCCCGGGUCCAGGCGGUAAUUACACCAAAAACAAAGUGGUCAACACCAGGAACGACCCCCAACACCUCCUACCGGCCCCCCAGAACUCCUACCGGCCCUCCGCCCACCGCGAGCCACCAGGCCUCAACACUGCCCCCCCCCCCCCCCUUCCUCCAAAUGUCCUCUGUUGCCAAACCGACUCUUUAUUAUUGUUCAUUUUCUGAACGUGGUUUCCGAUGUGACCCGCGCUUGAAUUCCCCCCCACACCCCCCCUACCCCUCUUGUGUUCUGUCUCGAACGACACGGUGUAAACAAUUAUUAACCGGAUUAUUUUCAAUGUCGUUUUGCCAUUUUUUUUGUGCGUGUGUGUUUUUUCCUCCUGUCUCCGAGAUGAAGGACGUGUGAACGCCGGCUUCAUUAGGCUUCUCAGGGCUUUGUUAGGGGAGCGUUUCUUGGCAGGUUCCGCAGAAUCAGAACGAUGACUGCGGGCUACGUGGCUGAAGCAAUCUGGCUGCUAAUGCACUCAAGAGCUGGAGCCUCUUUGUUCAAUGGGGGGCGGGAAGAGAAUCUGGAUAUUUCUGCAUUGUUUAUAGUCAAAUGUGCAGCACACAUAAAAAAAAGUGCUUCGGAAUUAACGCUUAUUAGCCCCGAAACAUACCUCUGACGCCCCGCGCCUCGCCUGGGCUUUAUGGGGCUGCAACAGAUGGGUUCUCGUUCGGUGGAAGCUUGUAGAAAAACGGCACAUUAAAAAAAUAAAUAAUAAUAUGUAAGAAUCUGAAUAGAUUCUGGGAGAUGUUCGAGCGCCGAAGGCCAGAAUGUAUGAGACCAGAGGAGCCAGUGGGAGAGAGGUUUACCAGUAUGUCUCCCAUUGAGAGAGGUUUACCAGUAUGUCUCCCAUCGUCCCGGGAUGCUCCCUGUUUGUUUGCACUUAGAAAAACGUUUUCUACGGAGCUGCAGCCAGCCCCGGCCGCGACUAGAACCAAACCCUCCGUGAUGUUAUCCCUGUGUUUUUACUGACAGGUUCACGGCAUUUCAAAAGGAAUCUCGUCAGACCAACAGCUGUUUUAAUGCAGUGCCAAGAGCAGACGAGGUCCCUGUUUUGUUGAUUGUAAAAAUGAAAAGACACUCUCUUUGUGGCUGGUGUUUCUAAAAAAAAAAGUAAUACAAAUGAUUUAUUUUAUACACCUUAUCUUCACAACAAUACAAAAACAAGACAGUGUGAAGUCAGGGGUUGUAUUUCUCUCAUCUAAAAUCCUCACUCCGAUAGCAUCUCUCUCUCUCCCUUUCUCUCCCUCUCCCUCUUUUGCUCUGCCUCUCUUUCUCUGCCUCUUUUGCUCUCUCUCUCUCCCUCUCUGUCUCCCUCUCUCUCUCUCUCUCUCCCUCCCUCCCUCUCUCUCUCUCUCUCUCUCCCUCUCUGUCUCUCUCUCUCUCUCUUCCCCCCUCCCUCUCCCUCUCUCUCUCUCUCUCUGUCUCUCCCCCGCUCUCUCGUGUGUUUGUUCCAAUAUGGUCGCGUUGUGAGAGUGAGCGUUCCGGCGUCUCCUCACAUGUCUGGGCGCCGUAACCCGGGCAGAACCGAGCUCCGCAUCAAGGCUCUUCGAGACUCGAGUGGGAGGAACUCGCUUCUCUUCCUCCGUGUUCUCUCGCUCUCUCACUCUCGCGUCGCCGGAUCAAAGGCACACACAAGAAAGGCCAAGUUUCACACUUUGUACGUAUAUGUAUAACUUACAGUCACUCUCUGUGUGUGUGUGUGUGUGUGUGUGUGUGUGUGUGUGUGUGUGUGUGUGUGUGUGUGUGUGUGUGUGUGUGUGUGUGUGCAGAGUGGAUGUGCGUUUGUUAGUUUGUGUGUGCGUGGUAGUGUGUGUGUCUUCCUCCAUCCCGUCAGACUGAUCAAAACCAAAGCCCACACUGGUUUUUGUAGGCGCCCACGUGUCUAAGUUAAGCUUUGUACUGGGUGGGCAGAAGGGGCGGGAGGGGGAGAUGGGGGAGAUUCGGGUUUGGGGGGGGGGGGGGGUCAAGGUGUUUUUUAAAUACUAGUGAAAGAUCCAUAAAAGCGGUUGCUAGGUUUUGGCCUGUUGUCAUCAUGUGUCCGCUCUCUGCCGUGCCAAAGUGGGGGGAUAGGGCUGAUGGUAGGUGUAGCCGCCAGCCCAGCGCAGCCCCCCUGGGGUGCCCUCACUCACAACCCCCUCCACCCCCCCUCUUUGUUCAGACCUGCUCCUGGUCUGCGCCUCCGCACCAGUCCCUCAAAGGGAAUGACCAACAAGAAGGCCUUUCAUGUGGAGCGGGGGGCGACGGGGCUUCACAGCGCGAUGGGGCCCCACCCCCCGGGCUGAGGGGGGCUCCGACGCGGGCUCGGGCGAGCCCCUGCUGUGUCAUCCCUAUGCCCCGCCCCCCCCCCCUGCCCACCGGCCCCCCGGACCACAGCAGGCCAAACAAACUGAGGAGUCAAAAGUCAGGAGGCGGCAGCCGGCCCGGGCUGCAUACAGAGCAGCCCCCCCGCUGGGCCCGCGCCUUUAGAUUCAUCUGGGCCGUCACCGCGGACGGGGGUGAGGCAGGGGCUGGGUGGAGGAGAACCGGUGGGGCAGGAGCAACUCAAAGUACGGAGAUUCUGCUUCUAUUUACUCAAACGCGGUUUUGAAUUCAUAAAGUAAACAUUCAAAAGGUUCAACAGCCGGGGGCGGGGUCGGUCCUCUCGCACCACAACACAACUUUUUGACGAUCUAAAUUAUGUAGAGGAAGAACGCCAAACUUUUGGGUUUAUCCGGAGAGCUGUGAUGCAUAGGAUGCCGUUUUUAACUUGCAGGCCUAGCUCCGCCGUCGUAGGCCGACACCACGUUAGCGCGCGGCGCGGCCGUUAGCGUGCGUGAGUGGGCGGACGCGCUGCGGUCCGUGGAUGAGUGAAGGGUCAGCGGUCACUGGGCGAAGCUCUCCAACUAUUUCAAAUGCGGGUCACUUGUACAGUUUCUGUAAAUGAAUCGACUGGGGCUCUGGGUUCGGCAGAGGGCCUUGUCUCCUCGGAGGGACCGCAGAGUCCUCUUGAAAAGACUCCAACCAUUUCCUUGUGUACAUAUGAAUUAAGACAUGUCAAAAGGGUAUACUGAGGUGCAAAUGUAUAUUAUUUAAAGUGUUUUAAACAAAUAAUUAGACUGUGGUAUUAAAGGGCAUGUGUUCAUUUGCAGUGUCUCCAUUUUGAUUUUUCUUGCAUAUUUGCGAUAAUAAAAGGAUGUAUUGUAUAA